GGAGUUUUGCUCUUGUCACCUAGGCUGGAGUGCAAUGGCUCGAUCUCGGCUCACUGCAACCUCCGCCUCCUGGGUUCGAGUGAUUCUCCUGCCUCAGCCUCCUGAGCUGGGAUUACAGGUGCCUGCCACCAUGCCCAGCUAAUUUUUGUAUUUUUAGUAGAGAUGGGGUUUCACCAUGUUGACCAGGCUGGUCUCGAACUCCUGACUUCAAGUGAUCCACCUGCCUCAGCCUCCCAAAGUGCUGGGAUUACAGGUGUGAGCCACCGCGCCCAGCGGGAAUACUUAUCUUUAACUUGUUUUUUUUUUUUUUUUUGGUCGCUUUCCAGCUUUGCCUAUGGCAUUCUCUGGAAGAGCAGUGGCAGGAAGCCGUGGGUGGCAGGAAUGGGUUUGGGACUGUUCCCUGUGUCCAGCUUCAACCCAUCUUCUCCUGACACCCCUUUCUUCUGUACUUAUUUUUUCUCCUGUCCUUAUUGACGCAGAUGUGUCUUCUGAUCUCUCUGUCCCUUCCUGGCCUGUAGUUUCUACUUCUCUUGGAGAACUGUUUCUUCUACCUCCUCCAGCCAGGCUCCUCCCCUGGUGUGAGGGAUGCUGUGCUCUUUGGUGGGGCUUAGGGCCCUGUAAGAGGAGGGAUAUGAAUUGGGGUGGUUUGGAGUGGGAGUGGGGACCUGAUUGCCUCAUUCUCACCCUUGACAGUGUGCUGUGUUAACAAGGCCUGUGGAAAGGGGAGACAGGACAGUGCUUGGCUAUGAGCCAUCGGUCUUGGUGUGGUAGAUGGCAUAUGUAGAGAACAAGCCAUGACCACCAUGUCCUCUUGUUCCCUUCUUGCCUGGUAGCUUCCUGAUGUACCAUCCAGGUUGGACGUUAUUCCCCUUUUUUCACCAGCUUUGCUCUUCCUCUUGGCCCUGUUCUGCAUCCAUUGGGACCACUUCCUUCCCAUCCCCACUUCGCUAGCUCCAGUCCACAGCUGUCGUAGCAGAGGAUGCUAAUGGCCCAGGCUUACUGUAUGGGGUAGUGGUUGGGGGUGGCCUGGGCUGGGGCCAGCCGGCUCUCGGGCAUAGAGGGUGGGGGAAUUCGAGUGUCCAACCAGGACAGGAAGGGAAAUGCUGAGCUCUGAGAUCUCCCUUUUCCACCCCCAGCUGCCUCUGUUUCCUCCCUCAUUCCCCUGUACUCUUGCCUGGCUUCCUGCCCCCUUUGGCCUGCGUGUGUCCGGUUUUGAGCGACUCAGACCUCCUAUCUCCUUCCUUUCCGUCCCACUCCUCCACCCUUCCCUCCCACCCCCGCUUUACUUCUCCCCAGAUUACUAGUUGUUUGUAUAGGGCAGGGGAGAGGGGCUUGGAUAGCCCUACCCCCUGCUCCACUUCGAGGUUGGGGCGGGGUGGGGGCUCAGCCCCUCUGAGCCUGUGAGUCAGCACUGUCCUCGCGAUUGGUCUCUCCCCUUAGCUCCCCGCCCCUGGGGAGGAGCCAGCAGCUCUGGGUCCAGCCUGUUCUCUUCUCAGCCAGAGAAGAGGCUCCACGUUGGGCGGGGAUGGGGCCUGAAACUGUCUGCGUCUGAGCUGGGGAGCGGAAGCCACUUGUCCCUCUCCCUCCCCAGGACUUCUGUGACUCCUGGGCCACAGAGGUCCAAUCAGGCUAAGGGCCUGGGGAUACCCCCUGCCUGGCCCCCUUGCCCAAACUGGCAGGGGGGCCAGGCUGGGCAGCAGCCCCUUUUUCACCUCAGCUAUGGAUCUCUUGCCCCCCAAGCCCAAGUACAAUCCACUCCGGAAUGAGUCUCUGUCAUCGCUGGAGGAAGGGGCUUCUGGGUCCACCCCCCCGGAGGAGCUGCCUUCCCCAUCAGCUUCAUCCCUGGGGCCCAUCCUGCCUUCUCUGCCUGGGGACGAUAGUCCCACUACCCUGUGCUCCUUCUUCCCCCGGAUGAGCAACCUGAGGCUGGCCAACCCAGCUGGGGGGCGCCCAGGGUCUAAGGGGGAGCCAGGAAGGGCAGCCGAUGAUGGGGAGGGGAUCGUAGGGGCAGCCAUACCAGACUCAGGCCCCCUACCCCUCCUCCAGGACAUGAACAAGCUGAGUGGAGGCGGCGGGCGCAGGACUCGGGUGGAAGGGGGCCAGCUGGGGGGCGAGGAGUGGACCCGCCACGGGAGCUUUGUCAAUAAGCCCACGCGGGGCUGGCUGCAUCCCAACGACAAAGUCAUGGGACCUGGGGUUUCCUACUUGGUUCGGUACAUGGGCUGUGUGGAGGUCCUUCAGUCAAUGCGUGCCCUGGACUUCAACACCCGGACUCAGGUCACCAGGGAGGCCAUCAGUCUGGUGUGUGAGGCUGUGCCGGGUGCUAAGGGGGCGACAAGGAGGAGAAAGCCCUGUAGCCGCCCGCUCAGCUCUAUCCUGGGGAGGAGUAAUCUGAAAUUUGCUGGAAUGCCAAUCACUCUCACCGUCUCCACCAGCAGCCUCAACCUCAUGGCCGCAGACUGCAAACAGAUCAUCGCCAACCACCACAUGCAAUCUAUCUCAUUUGCAUCCGGCGGGGAUCCGGACACAGCCGAGUAUGUUGCCUACGUUGCCAAAGACCCUGUGAAUCAGAGAGCCUGCCACAUUCUGGAGUGUCCCGAAGGGCUUGCCCAGGAUGUCAUCAGCACCAUUGGCCAGGCCUUCGAGUUGCGCUUCAAACAAUACCUCAGGAACCCACCCAAACUGGUCACCCCUCAUGACAGGAUGGCUGGCUUUGAUGGCUCAGCAUGGGAUGAAGAGGAGGAAGAGCCACCUGACCAUCAGUACUAUAAUGACUUCCCGGGGAAGGAACCCCCCCUGGGGGGGGUGGUAGACAUGAGGCUUCGGGAAGGAGCCACUGCAGGGGCUGCUCGACCCACCGUACCCAGUGCCCAGACCCCUAGCCACUUGGGAGCUACACUGCCUGUAGGACAGCCUGUUGGGGGAGAUCCAGAAGUCCGCAAACAGAUGCCACCUCCACCACCCUGUCCAGCAGGCAGAGAGCUCUUUGAUGAUCCCUCCUAUGUCAACGUCCAGAACCUAGACAAGGCCCGGCAAGCAGUGGGUGGUGCUGGGCCCCCCAAUCCUGCUGUCAAUGGCAGUGCACCCCGGGACCUGUUUGACAUGAAGCCCUUUGAAGAUGCUCUUCGGGUGCCUCCACCUCCCCAGUCGGUGUCCAUGGCUGAGCAGCUCCGAGGAGAGCCCUGGUUCCAUGGGAAGCUGAGCCGGCGGGAGGCUGAGGCACUGCUGCAGCUCAACGGGGACUUCCUGGUGCGGGAGAGUACGACCACACCUGGCCAGUAUGUGCUCACUGGCUUGCAGAGUGGGCAGCCUAAGCAUUUGCUACUCGUGGACCCUGAGGGUGUGGUGAGUGUGGCAGAGGUGUGGGUGAGGGGUGGCAGAAAGGAAGGUACAGUACCCUACAGUGUAUCCGUGUUCCUUCCCUCAUUGCUUUGUAGACAUUCCCACUGGGCAGCUCUCUGUGGGCCUCUCUUGCUCUUUAAAGUGUCUGGCAUCUUCCUCCAGAGGCUCAUCCCUUAGCCUGAACUGUGUUCUUUAUAGUCCUGGCACAGGGCCAGGCGUGGUGACUCUCACCUGUAAUCCCAGCGCUUUGGGAGGCCGAGACGGGUGAAUCACCUGAGGUCAGGAGUUCGAGACCAGCCUGAACAAUAUGGUGAAACCCCGUCUGUACUAAAAAUAGAAAAAUUAGCUGGGUGUGGUGGCAGGCGCCUGUAGUCCCAGCUACUCAGGAGGCUGAGGCAGGAGAAUUGCUUGAAUCUGGGAUGCAGAGGUUGCAAUGAGCUGAGAUCACACCACUGCACUCCAGCCUGGGUGACAGAGUGAGACUCUGUCUAAAAAAACAAAACAAAACAAAUACAGUCCUGGCCCGUCCUCAAAUCCCCAAGCCUUAAGCUUAUCAGAGCUAGAAGGCAGUCAUCUCAUCUGUGCCCCUCUUUUGACAAAUAAGGAAACCACCCUGAAGAGGUUGUGAUGCCCAAUGUCAGAUGGUUAGAGGCUAGACACUGCAAGUUUCCUUUUGUAAGAAGAUCCAAGGGCUUCUCCAGCUCCCCAGCCUCAGGACUCAGACCACUGUGCUUUCUCUUAUCUGCACUGCCUCACUGUUCUUCAAAACUUUCCUUGUUUAGCCAGGUGUGGUGGUUCAUGCCUGUAAUCCCAACAUUUUUCAAAGCUGAGGUGGGAGAAUUGCUUGAGGCCAGGAGUUCGAGACCAGCCUGGGCAACAUAGCGAGACCUUCCUGGGCAACAUAGCGAGAUCUUGUCUCUAGAAAAACAAAAAAACAAUUAAUCAGGAAUGGUGACACAUGCCUAUAGUCCUACCUACCCAGGAGGCUGAGGCCUGAGGAUCGCUUGAGCCCAGGAGUUUGAGGUUACAGUGAGCCAUGAUUGUGCCACUGUACUCUAGCCUGGGUGACAGAGACCCUGUCUAGAAACAAAAAAACUUUUGUCUGUUUUCUACAGCAAUCUCAGCUUCCUUUCCUCUUUUUCUUUUUUUUUUUUGAGAUAGGGUUUUUCUUUGUCACCCAAGCUGGGGUGUGGUGGCACACCUGGCUAAUUUUUGUAUUUUUUUUUUUUUUUUGGUAGAGAUGGGGUUUCGCCAUGUUGCCCAAGCUGUUCUUGAACUCCUGGGCUCAAGUGAUCCGCCUCCCUCGGCCUCCCAGAGUGCUGGGAUUACAGGCACGAGCCACCAUGCCCAGCCUCCACAUCUUUUUUUGCACUGUGUAUACUCUUCUGAGACAUGCCAACUUCCUCCAGGUCAAGAAAGGGGUAUAUAGCUCUCAGCUUCACUCUUUCAGGGCUGAUGUCGCCUUUGCCUUUUCUCACUUCACUGACCUGUCUAUUCCUACAACUGUCUCUAGAGAAUCCUCAAUGAUCAGGACUGACAGGCCACACUCUCCCCCAUCAUUUUUUUCUCCUUCUUCAAGCCUCUUGUCUGUUUCACCCUCUUCCACCUUGGAGGCUGAGGUCUUAUUUGACUCUUCACCUGAAUUGACCUUCUUCCUUCCCACCCUCCCAGGUUCGGACUAAGGAUCACCGCUUUGAGAGUGUCAGUCACCUUAUCAGCUACCACAUGGACAAUCACUUGCCCAUCAUCUCUGCGGGCAGCGAACUGUGUCUACAGCAACCUGUGGAGCGUAAACUGUGAUCUGCCCUAGCGCUCUCUUCCAGAAGAUGCCCUCCAGUCCUUUCCACCCUAUUCCCUAACUCUCGGGACCUCGUUUGGGAGUGUUCUGUGGGCUUGGCCUUGUGUCAGAGCUGGGAGUAGCGUGGACUCUGGGUUUCAUAUCCAGCUGAGUGAGAGGGUUUGAAGAAGCCUGGGUGAGAAUCCUGCCUCUCCCCAAACAUUAAUCACCAAAGUAUUAAUGUACAGAGUGGCCCCUCACCUGGGCCUUUCCUGUGCCAACCUGAUGCCCCUUCCCCAAGAAGGUGAGUGCUUGUCAUGGAAAAUGUCCUGUGGUGACAGGCCCAGUGGAAGAGUCACCCUUCUGGGCAAGGGGGAACAAAUCACACCUCUGGGCUUCAGGGUAUCCCAGACCCCUCUCAACCCCCCCUCCAUGUUUAAACUUUGUGCCUUUGACCAUCUCUUAGGUCUGAUGAUAUUUUAUGCAAAGAGUUCUUGGACCCCUGAAUUCAAUGACAGGGAUGCCAACACCUUCUUGGCUUCUGGGACCUGUGUUCUUGCUGAGCACCCUUUCCGGUUUGGGUUAACAGAGGCAGGAGUGGCAGCUGUCCCCUCUCCCUGGGGAUAUGCAACCCUUAGAGAUUGCCCCAGAGCCCCCCUCCCGGCCAGGGGGGAGAUGGACCCCUCCCUUGCUCAGUGCCUCCUGGCCGGGGCCCCUCACCCCAAGGGGUCUGUAUAUACAUUUCAUAAAGGCCCACCCCUCCCAUUUUGCAUGCCUAUGUACUCUACAGCCAAAGCGUAGCCCUUCCUCCUGGAGCCUCUGCCCUGCCUCCCUUUCUGGGAGGGCGGGGUGGGGGUGACUGAAUUUGGGCCUCUUGUACAGUUAACUCUCCCAGAUGGAUUUUGUGGAGGUGGGAAAAGGGGCAUUGAGACUCUAAAGCAGUAGACAAUCCCCAAAUACCAUCUGUAGAGUUGGAACUGCAUUCUUUUAAAGUUUUAUAUGCAUAUAUUUUAGGGCUGUAGACUUACUUUCCUAUUUUGUUUUCCAUGGCUUAUUCUUGAGCACAAAAUGAUAAUCAAUUAUUACAUUUAUACAUCACCUUUUUGACUUUUCCAAGCCCUUUUACAGCUCUUGGCAUUUUCCUCGCCUAGGCCUGUGAGGUAACUGGGAUCGCACCUUUUAUACCAGAGACCUGAGUCAGAUGAAAUUUAUUUCCAUCUACGACUAGAAAAACGUGGGUCUCUUACCGCGAGACUGACAGGCAGAAGUCAGCCCGAAUGCCUGUCAGUUUCAUGGAGGGGAAACGCAAAACCUGCAGUUCCUGAGUACCUUUUACAGGCCCGACCCAGCCUAGGCCCGGGGUGGCCACACCACAGCAAGCCGGCCCCACUCUUUUGGCCUUGUGGAUAAGGGAGAGUUGACCGUUUUCAUCCUGGCCUCUUUUUGCUGUUGUUUGGAUGUUUCCACGGGUCUCACUUAUACCAAAGGGAAAACUCUUCAUUAAAAUCCGUAUUUCUUCUA